AUGGCUACCGCUUUAUGUAUUUCAUCGCCACCAACAUAUGACAGCGUUAAAGAUCGAAUUAAAUAUAUAUUAUCAACACACGUCAACUCUCUUCCAACAACUACCGACGGGCUAACAUUAACAGAACUAUGUAAAGAAUAUGAACGUCGUUAUGAUACUGGAGAGUUGCCAUACAGAGAAUUAGGUUUCGAAACAUUAACACGUUUUCUAUCAUCGAUGAAAGAUGUAGUGCGCAUGGAUCUUACUGAAUGGCCAGCCAAGUGUUAUUUACGAAUUAAGACAAACGAACAAACAGAAAAACGGGCAAAAGUAGUCGCGCACGACACUCAUUCUUCCAGAAAAGAGGAUUAUAAAAGACAGUUUAAAAGUGGUUCCUCGGUGGCAUAUACCGUGGUUAAAAAUAAUAUUAUCUCAUUAUUGCAAACAUCUUUGCAAAAUAAUAAUAAUUCAUCACUUACAUUAACAGAAUUGUGUCAUCAAUAUUCAAAUAAAAACAGUAGUCAACCAUUACCGUAUGAACAGUUAGGUUAUUCAACAUUAGAAGAUCUAUUGGAAUCAAUGAGGAAUCGUAUUCGAGUGGAUAAUCGACGAUGUUAUUUAAUAACUAACAAAAAUGGACCAAAAAAAGGAGAAAAUACGAGUAAAUAUCGUGAAGAUUAG